AUGACGCACUCCAAUGUUGUGGAACGAUUUGAGGAUGUGCCAGAAUGUAUGAAGUAUUUCUAUAAAGAGAAGGUGCCAGACUGGGGGGCUUCUACACCUGGUACUGCCCGUAUCUGCCAGCGCUUCGUCAACAGGUACCACUUUGCCACGCUGUAUGACACAAACUACCGUAUUGCUGUCUAUGCCUCUUAUCAAUUCCAGCCCAGCAAUGGAGGCGGCAGGGAGAAAAGAUGGUUUGUAGAGCCUCAGCUUGUAAACGAGUCCUGGCAAUCUGAAAUGAAGGAUGGCUACUGGCUGGAUAAGGACUACCCUGAGGUCUACCAAGGAGAGAGACAGGCUCUGAAUGACGACUACAAAUACUCUGGCUUUGACCGUGGUCACCUCAACCCCAACGGACACCAUGCAGUCCCUAGCCGCAAUGCCACUUUCACUCUGACCAAUGUGGUUCCUCAGAACCCCAAACUGAACCAGAAUGCCUGGAGGAUCCACGAGACCCAGCUAACCGACCUUUUCAAUACAAAGUGCUCUAAGGCGUAUGUUCUGGUUGGUGCUAUCCCCUCUGCAGACAACUGGAUUGUCAAGAACAAUGUCAAGCGUGUCAACAUCCCUGACUACCUGUGGAACGCCUACUGCUGUGUGGACAACAAUGAAAGACCCAUUCAGAGUGGCGCUGCCACAGCGAGAAACACAGAGGACAACUGGGUGGAGAAGCUCACUUUGGAUGAACUGGGAGAAUUCCUGCAGCAGUUCUCCGAUCAACCAGUAGGGGAACUGUUUUACAACAACUGCAGGGUGUAA